AAGAAAAGGCAAGCAAUUAAAAGACGUUACCACCAGAAUAUAUUUAGCCAUAAGAGAUUGCUUUCAUUUCCGUAUAUAGCUAUUUUACAAAGAUCAGGGUAGAGAGGAUAGAGUUUUUUUUGGAUCAGAGAAACAUGGUACUUGGUGUAAGGGCUAUUCCUUUCACAUUUGUGGCACACGUGCUGGCAAUUUUGGGUCUGGUUUUAGUGUUGGUUUGGACCUUAGAUUUCAGAGGUGGUUUCGCAUGGGAAGCUUCCAACAAGAGCCUCAUCUUCAAUCUACAUCCUUUUUUGAUGUUGGUAGGCUUCAUUAUCAUAGGGGGUGAAGCCAUUAUUAGUUACAAGUCACUUCCUUUGAGGAAAGACGUGAAGAAGUUGAUACAUAUGGUGCUUCAUGCCAUUGCUCUAGUACUUGGUAUUUUGGGAAUUUAUACUGCAUUCAAGUAUCAUAAUGAGAGCGGGAUUGCCAAUCUCUACAGCUUGCAUUCCUGGCUUGGAAUUGGGAUUAUUGCUCUCUAUGGUAUUCAGUGGUUAUAUGGGUUCCUGGUCUUCUUCUACCCUGGAGGGACUAUUGGGCUUAGGAGCGACUCUGUUCCUUGGCAUGUGGUAUUUGGACUUACUGUGUUCACAUUGGCUGUGGGCAAUGCUGCAAUAGGAUUCUUAGAGAAACUUACUUUCCUUGAAAAUACAGGGCUUGCAAAGUAUGGCUCAGAGGCCUUACUUGUCAACUUCACUGCUGUUAUUACAAUAUUAUUUGGAGCCUUUGUUAUAUUAUCUGUUCUUUCUCAGUCUCCAGCAGAAGAUGAUGAAAAUAGCUACUCUGCUAUCUAAUAAGAUGUUUUUAUAUAUUCCUUAUUAAAAAAACCUUAUCAAAAAAAGAUGUUUUUAUAUAUUUGUUGUAUGGAUUAUUUUCCAGUGACCGGAUAUUGUAUGGAACAAGGAUGUUUGGUAUCUGUAUUUUCUGGACAUAAAGAUUGUGACAGUUACCAAUAAAUUAUUGUAGUUUAUCCACU